AUGGAAGGUGAAGAAGAACUUUCACUGGAGCUCACACUUGGCGGGCGCUGGGUUGGAGAGCCCUGUGUUAUUGAUCCAGCUGUAGAAAACCCUGAUCUGGAACAGAUUAGGAACAAUUUCUUUGCGUUCAGGAUUCACACUUUAAGGAAUGAGGUUGAUGAAAUGGGUAAACAGGUCUAUACAAGGUUGGAAAUCUGUUGUUGUUUUGAUCAGUGGGUUGAGAAGCUUUUGGGAUACCUUGAUAUAAGAUAUAGACUUUGCUUAAGAAAACCAUGGAUUGUAGGCCACGUUCUUCCCAAGAUGACUCAGCAAGCACAGCAAGAAUUGCAGCUAUUUCGCAGCACAAGAGUUGAAGUAUAUGAUGUUGAUACACAAACCAGCCAUGAAAUAAUAAUGAGAAGAACAGGGGAAGGCUUUGUGUUCAGGGGUGCAUGGGUGCAAAGCUUUGUGCUUAGAAGAUGGCUAAUAACUCUGGAUACUAUUGGUUUGUUUUGGGAAUCUAGGAAGCAGAGUUGUGGUUUGGCUGCGCUUCUUGUUUGGUUCUCUUCGCAUGGUUCAGGUGGAGAUAAUUCUGCAUCUUGUACUUCAUUUGCUUCAAGGCUCUCAAAUAGCCUCUUCUUCUUCUUCUUCUUCAUUUCAAAUAACCAUGGUUCUCUUUCUAACCCAACCUCCGGUUUCACCUAUCAACAAUGUCCCAAAUGGCGACUCCGAGCUGCUUCUGCUUCCUCUUCCUCCUCUGGUGCCCCGGGAGUCGACCUCAGAACCCUCCAGUCCGCUAUCGAAAAGAAAGAUAGCGGUGCGGUUAAAGAGGCGCUGGAUCAGCUAAAGAAAGCUGGCUGGGCUAAGAAAUGGACUUCUCAGCCAUAUGUGUCUCGACGUACGGCAUCUCUCCGGGAACUCACAACUCUUGGGAUUAAGAAUGCUGAAAAUCUUGCAGUUCCGAGCGUCAGAAAUGAUGUAACAUUUCUAUUCAGUGUGGGUUCAACCGGAUUCAUAGGUCUUCUUGCUGGCCAGCUUCCCGGGGUAAUUUGACUAUAUCACAUUUUCUCCGUAACAUCGAUCUCUCUAGUAGUUUUGGGUGUGGGAAGCACUGCCCCUGGGCUUCUUCAAGCUGCCAUAUCUAGCUUUUCAUCAUUUUUUCCAGAUUACCAGGAGAGAAUUGCUAUUCAUGAAGCUGCUCAUUUUUUAGUUGCCUAUUUGCUGGGUCUUCCUAUUCUGGGUUAUUCCCUAGAUAUUGGCCGCAAAGAGCAUGUCAAUCUCAUUGAUCAAAGGCUGGAAAAGCUGAUAUACAGUGGGCAGAUUGAUAUAAAGGAGCUAGACAGGUUGGCUGUUGUAGCGAUGGCUGGACUCGCAGCAGAAGGUCUGAAAUAUGACAAAGUGAUUGGGCAAUCUGCUGAUCUUUUCUCUCUUCAGAGAUUUAUCAACAGAAUCAAACCACAGCUUAGCAAAGAUUAGCAACAAAAUCUUACUAGAUGGGCUGUUUUGUUUGCUGGAUCCCAUAAAAACGACAAGGCAAUACAUGAAGCUCUGAUAGCAGCAAUGUCAAACAGGUCACCAUAUUGGAAUGUUAUUGAAGCAAUCGAGAAAGCUGCGUGA